AUGGCUGAGCUCUUUGGUCUUGCUGUGAAUGUGGCAACUGUUGUUGAUCUGUUCAUCAAAGUUGGCGUGCAGUGUUCCGAAUAUUGUGCUGGCGUCAAGGCUGCGCCACGCGAGGUUCGAUCCAUUCUCAAAGAAGCCGACAGGCUAGCAGUUACUCUAGGAGAGGUCAAACGCCUUCUCGAUGGCCCGAAUGGCCCCCAGGUCGAAGCGUCACAGAACAUACACAAAUGUAUUGAGGAUUGUCGACUGCAGUUAACCCUCAUCGUUGCCAAGCUCCAACAGGGAAUGGAGGUCAGGGGCCUAAAAUGGCCAUUCAAGAAGGGAGAAGUGGCCGAUAUCAUCACUAAGAUAGAGCGAUGUAGGGCAUCCAUCUCUCUGGAUCUUCAGAUCCAUCAAGCAACACAGUUAGCUAGCGUUCAUCAUGAAAUCAUCCUGACCAAGCUUCGCACCGUAGAACGUGCAGGUUUCGAUGCUCACUCCGACGCUGACAACGCGAGAUGCUAUCCCGGCACUCGGACAGAUCUCAUAAGCCAAGUACUCACAUGGCUUGAUUUCGAUAACAGCAAGACCAUUUUCUGGCUGAACGGCAUGGCUGGCACCGGAAAGUCUACAAUCGCGAGAACAGUAUCCCAGGAGCUUGCAGACAAGAACAAGCUCGGUGCCAGCUUCUUCUUCAAGCGUGGCGAGGGCGACCGCGGCCGUGCGGCAUUCUUCUUCGCCACGAUAGCUACUCAGAUUGCCCACCAGCUACCAUCAUUGGCCCCCCUCGUGCGUAAUGAGGUCGAGGCUGAUCCUUAUCUUAAUAACAAGGCCCUCAGCGAUCAGUUUGACCGCCUCAUCGUCAAGCCGAUACAGCAGCUCCCGAAACCCUCCCAGCGGCAAACUCUGGUCAUAGUUGUUGACACACUUGACGAAUGCGAGUACCUUGACGACGUGAAGAGAAUUAUUCACCUACUGUCCCAAGUGAAGGGUUUGUCACACAUUUGCCUAAAGGCUUUUGUUACCAGUCGGCCUGAGCUACCUAUCCAGCUUGGUUUUAUUGACAUUGCGGGCGAGUACACGGAUCUGGUUUUGCAAGAGAUUCCUAAACCGAUUAUCAAGAAUGAUAUCACGGUUUUCCUGGGGCACGAACUUGCUCGUAUCCGGCUGGAUUACAACAAAGCGCGGCCGAACCGGCCGUUGCCACCUAGCUGGCCUGCACCAGAGCAAGUCCAGAGGCUUGUCGGAAUGGCUAUUCCUCUGUUCAUUUUUGCCGCCACGGUCUGCCGCUUCAUUCGAGAUCGAAGGCUCGGUGGCCCAAGAGACCAGCUAGAAAGAAUCCUAGAGCGCCAGGGAGAUCGGGAUUCUAAACUCGACGCAACCUAUCUUCCCGUCACUGAUCGGCUUCUUGCGGGGCUGAAUGAGUCACAGAAGAAAGAGGUAGUAGGGAGAUUUAAAAGAAUUGCUGGCUCUAUUGUUAUCCUUGCUAGUCCUCUAUCGUCAUGUUCGCUCGCUCAGCUCCUGGAUAUCCCGCUAGACACCAUCGAAGACCAGCUAGACUACCUUCACUCUGUCCUACGAAUACCCCCGGAUCCAGAUAAACCAGUACAGCUGCUUCAUCUAUCCUUCCGCGACUUCCUCGUCGAUCCUGAGAAAGGUGGGAGGCCAGAAGAGUUUCCGUUCUGGGUUGACGAGCAUCAGACUCAUUCUCAAUUGGCACUCGACUGUCUAAGGCUACUUUCUACGGGAACCGCCCUCAAGCAAGAUAUCUGCAACCUAAAACACCCUGGAACGUCUCGAACUGAGGUGGACCAGAAAACCAUUGAUGCCUGCCUGCCGUCUGAAGUGCAGUAUGCUUGCCGCUACUGGGUGUUCCACUGGAAGGAGAGCAAGCAGACGAUACAGGACGACGACCAGGUUCACCGAUUUCUAACUUGUCAUCUCCUUCAUUGGCUUGAAGCUUUGAGUCUAUUGGGAAAUAUGUCAGAGAGCCUGCUCAUGAUCAAUGAUUUGGUGGAACUACUUCAUGUUUCAAAUAGCAGUGAAAUAGAACGCUUUCUCCGCGAUACGCAACGCGUUAUAUUCAGCUAUGCAUCGACGGUCGAUUCUUGGCCACUUCAAAUCUACUGUACAGUAACUGUAUUUGCACCUCAUCAAAGCAUUGCCCGAGAGACUUUCAGCCAUUCAUUUCCAAACUGGAUAUCGUCGCGACCACGGGUAGAGUCCACCUGGGGUGCAUGUCUAGCAACGCUCGAGGGUCACAGCGGUGGUGUUUACACUGUUAUAUUCUCGCCAGAUUCGAGCUGGCUUGCAUCGAGUUCAGAAGAUCUCACAGUCAAGUUGUGGGAUGCAAAAACAGGUGCCUUGAGGACGACACUCAAGGGACAUAGUACAACGAUCCUCGCUGUCGCAUCCUCACCAGACUCAAGUCAGAUUUCAUCAGUGUCAGACGAUGGAACGGUAAAGCUCUGGGAUACGACAACAGGCGCUUGCAUCGCAACAUUUGAGACCAAUUCACCCAUGGAUUCAGCCACUUUCUCAUCCGAUUUACGUUGGCUGUCAUGGUCGGAGCUAAGCGACGAGACCUUGAAGUUGUGGGAAAUCGGCCCAAGCCACGAUACCGUGUCACUCAAGGGCCAUAAACGAGUCCAAGUGAUUUCCUUUUCAUAUGAUUCAAGCCAUCUUGCAUCAGGUUCGGAGGAUCGAACGAUAAAACUUUGGGAUAUAGAAGCUGGCACUAAUCUGGCAACAUUUGAAGGACAUAGUGACCGAAUUUCCUGUGUUGCAUUCUCGCCGAACUCACAUUGGCUUGCAUCCGGUUCUGCUGACGGAACUGUGAAGCUAUGGGACAUAGAAACAGGGGCCUGUGUCGCAACAUUCCAAAGCCAUUCCAACUAUAUCAGCACCGUUGCAUUCUCUCCUAGCUCAAACUGGCUUGCAUCAGGAUCAGCUAGCAAUACUAUAAAGCUGUGGAAUGUGGAAAUGGAGGCCUGUAAAGCAACAUACGAAACCCCAGGCGGUGUACCCUGUGCGAUCGCUUUCUCUCCUGACUCGAACCGGCUUGCAUCAGGAUCAACUAGCAAUACUAUACAGUUUUGGGAUAUGAGAGGCACGUAUAUUGAGACGCUUGAAAAACACACUGUUAACGUGUCUAUUAUGGAGAUCUCUCCAGACUCAAGAUAUCUUACAACGCUGUCAUCUGAUAAUAUAAUAAGGUUAUGGGAUAUGACAGGUGCCUUGAUAAACAUACUUGAGGGUCACAAAGAUACUGUUUCCUGUAUUAAAUUCUCUCAGGACUCAAAAUGGCUUGCAUCAGGCUCAGAUGACAACACUAUUAAGUUAUGGGAUAUUGCUGGGACCUGUAGAGCAACACUUCAGGGCCAUGACAACAGGAUUUCUCAUAUUGCAAUCUCUCACGAUUCAAGCUGGCUUGUAUCAGGCUCAAGAGAUAUGACUAUCAAGCUCUGGGAUGCAGCGACAGCUAUCUGCCUGGCAACUGUUAGAGAUUACAUCGAUCGUGCUGCCCCUAUAAGCAUCUCGCCGAAUUCAAGGUGGCUUGCAUUAGGGUUAAGUCGUGGUAGAGUAAGGUUGUGGGAGAAUACAGGCGCCCGCAUGGUUACACUCAUAGGUCAUCAUGAACAGAUACAGGCGAUUGCAAUCUCUUCGGACUCAAAAUGCCUUGCAUCAGCCGCAGAAGAUCAAACUAUCAAGUUAUGGGAUAUGGCAGGCGCAUGCACAGCGACACUCGAGUGCCCAAUCAAUGCUAUUUCCUGUCUUGCAUUCUCGCCGGACUCAACCUGGCUCGCAUCAAUCUCAUUUGGCGAAGCUUUGAGGCUCUGGGACACGGCGACUGGUGCUUGUGUAGCGAAAAUUGACCACUACAGGACAGAGGAACUACAUCUCGAAUUCAGUGGAGAUGGUUUAAAGAUUUACACGGGUGCAGCUGCAUUUACCCUUGCAGGCUAUGUAUCACCGUCGGUGCCAGGAGCAGCUGCUGAUCUGCAAGGUGAGCGCUGCGAUAUUGGAGUAAGCCUAGACGGCAAGUGGGUGACUUGCAACUCUCGCAAUGUUCUGUGGUUGCCGCCGGCAUAUCGGUCUCGUCGCUUACGUGUGAUGAACUCGACAUUGGCUUUCGCGCGCAACGUUCAUGAUGUAUUUACUAUAACAUUCAGAUCUCCAAGGGCUUUUGGGGCGUGA